CAACUUCACGACGCGCUCAAUACCCGGUGCAUAUAGUCGAGUCGCUCUCACCCUACCCGCCGCAACUACAACACAACUGAGCAGAUCAGUUCAGCUCCCGCAAUGGCGCAACAGCCUCAACAGGAUCAGCCCGAGCUCAGCUCCUUCUUCCCCGACCCGCCGCCCUUCUACAAGCAUUUCACGACGGAGAAUCAAGAGCGCCUGAAGCAGUUCAAGGAGCAGCGCGCAGCUCCCUCAAACGACGGCGUCGCUUCAUCACCGCCGCUCACCGCGUCCCAAUUACUAGAGCUACCGACCGAGCUCCGCUACCUCGUCCCACCCGAACCGCCAGCAGAAGAUGCCGAAUACCGCGUCUUCGGCGAAGUUGCUAAGGUGCGCGGCGUCGACGAGUUCGAGAACAUCAUGGCCUGGAUCAGCGACACGCUCUGGGACAAACAGCAGGAGGCCGGCAUCCUCGAGGGCUGGAAAUACGAGCAACUGUACCCCCCACCCUCCGCGUCCGACUGGUCCAGCAUCGACCGCCAACGCUACCUCUUCCGCUUCCUGCGCUCGGUAAUGCUCUCCUUCGUCGAGCUGCUCGGCGUUGUCGCCGUGAACCCUACCUCCGAGAAGAAGGACGAGAAGCUGAGGGAUAUAUUGACGCUGGUGCUGAAUAUGCAUGCGUUGAUCAACGAGUAUCGGCCGCAUCAGGCGCGGGAGACGCUGAUUAUGCUCAUGGAGGAGCAGGUGGAGAGGAAGAAGGCGGAGGUCGAGGGCGUGAAGAAGAUGGCGGAUAAGGUGAGGCAGACGCUGGAGGGGUUUGCGAAGGAGGCGCCGGAGGGGAAGGGGAGUGUGGUGGCCGAGGAGAGCGUUGAUGCGGAGAAGAGAAGGGUAGAUUUACAGAGGGAGAUGUGGACUGCUAUGGAUGAGAUUUUGGGACAUUAAGAGCUGGCUGCAGAGCACGGUCGAUCCGUCAACGCACUCAAGCAGUGAAAGGUCCUGUGCGAGUAUCUACCUCUCCACACUUCGAAACGCAGCCGGGCGGAAUGGCUUGAUCUGGAUUAUUCUACUCGCCAAGAGCAUAAGCGACAC